GGCCAAUGGGAUUUCGAGAAACACAACCUUGGCUCAACAGCUUGUUAUUUCGUUUAUGCUUUGCAACCCGAGGCGAGUGGCGGUGAGCAGUCAUAUAGCUAGGAGUAUCUAUCAAAACCCAUCGAGCUGGACUCCCUCAAAUAGCCAUCACAAUGAGGGUAGCAGAUGAGCCUGCCUACCUGACUGUGGGAACGGAUGUGAGCGCCAAAUACCGGGGUGCUUUUUGUGAGGCAAAAAUUAAGACUGUUAAGCGGAUGGUUAAAGUUAAAGUGGUGCUCAAAGCAGACAGUUCCUCACAAAUUGUACAAGACGACCAGGUCAAAGGACCUUUGAGGGUUGGAUCUACAGUGGAAGUGAAAAGUCCAGAAGGGGCGUCCAGUGAAGCUGUCAUCAGUAAGCUCACAGAUGCCAGCUGGUACACUGUGGUGUUUGAUGAUGGAGAUGAGAAAACUUUGAGAAGAACCUCACUGUGUCUUAAAGGUGAAAGACAUUUUGCAGAGAGUGAGACCUUGGACCAACUUCCUCUUACAAAUCCAGAGCACUUUGGCACUCCUGUUAUUGGGAAGAAAACAAAUCGAGGGAGAAGGUCUUCUCAAGCAGUUGCGGAGGAGGAAAAGGAGUCUUCAUCGAGUGAAGAGGAGGAUGAGGACAGAAGAAGGCUAAAUGAUGACCUUUUGGGAAAAGUUGUUGUCGUUCAGAGUGGGUCAGACAAAGCAUCCUGGUAUCAUGCCCUGGUGGUAUCACCCAGCUGCAAUGAUGACAUAACUGUCAAAAAGGACCAAUGCUUAGCGAGGUCGUUUUUCGAUUCCAAAUUUUACACAGUGGCUCGAAGUGAUGUUCGUGAAAUGAGUGCAGACACAAUCUCUAAAUCAGAAUUCUCUAAUAAGAAAGGAUUUGAAGAAGCACUUAAAUUUCUUCAGACCACGCAGAUUCCAGAGGGAUGGAAGAUGGAUAUGAGUGAGAUUUUGGAAUCAUCCAGCAGUGAUGAUGGUGAAGGCAAGGAAAGUGAGGAAGAGGAGAAGGAUCCAGAGCCAGAAGAGCCUGAUGAUGAACCAGACCCAGAAGAGAGGGACCAUUUCCUGCAGCAGCUUUAUAAGUUCAUGGAAGACAGAGGGACGCCAAUUAACAAACCCCCUGUGCUGGGCUACAAAGACCUGAACCUCUUCAAGCUCUUCAGGCUGGUGUACCAUCAUGGGGGCUGUGAUAAUAUUGAGAGUGGUUCAAUAUGGAAACAAGUCUAUAUGGAUUUGGGAAUUCCUGUACUAAACUCAGCUGCCUCUUAUAAUGUGAAGACUGCUUACAAAAAAUACUUGUACGGCUUUGAAGAGUAUUGCCGGUCGGCAAAGAUCCAGUUUAGGACAGUGCACCAUAAUGAGCCCCGUCCAGUCACCGAGCCAGAGAUGAGUGUUGGGUCCGAAAAGGAGGAGGAAUGUGAGGAAAAAGUAGAUCAGACCCCAAAGACAAAAGCUGAGCCUGAACAAGACAAAGACAAAGCUGACGGAGACGAGUCUGAUGCAGAUGAAGAGAAAAUUCACAAAGAGAUGUGCUCUCCUAGGGGACGGCGGCGUUGUGUGGCAACUCCUGGAAAAGCUGAAGGAAAAGAUUCUGUCAAACCGGAGAAGGUGAAGGAGGAAAAGAAGAAGGAAGAGGUGCGUGGAGGAGGAGGAGAAGGCAGCGGAGAGGAGGAGAAGGAGAAACCAGAGGCAGAAAAUCCAGUAAAGAGGCGCAGCCGGCGCCAUGAAGAGUCUGACAAAGAUUCUGAGGAAGAGGAUCAGGACGACGAAGAAGAUGAUGAGGAGGAGGAGGAUGAUGUUGAAAGAUCCAGGCUCAGAGAGAGAGAGGACCGAGAGGAUGAAGAUGGGUGUGAAGAAUCUGAGCACUCUAUCACUGGCACAAAAGUCAGAGUGAAAUAUGGCAAGGGGAAAACACAAAAAAUCUAUGAAGCCAACAUUAAAAGCACAGAGACUGAUGAUGGAGAAGUCCUCUACCUGGUCCAUUACUAUGGAUGGAAUGUGAGAUAUGAUGAGUGGGUCAAAGCAGAUCGAAUUAUAUGGCCUGUUGAUAAAGGAGGGACAAAGAAAAAACAGAAAAAGAAAGUCAAGAACAAAGAUGAUGGUGAGAAGGAGGAGGACAAGCAAACCAAAACAGGUGUGAGGCGUGGUCGUCCUCCUCUAAAGUCCACCCCACCAAGCACCUCUCGCAGUGUAUCCAAAACCCCCAGCAGUGAGGGACGAAUGAGCAACAAAAACUCUCGUUCCACAGACCCUUCUGCUCUGCCCAACGGAGAGGGAACCCCUCGCAGACGCACAAGGAGAUCUUCUGGGAUGUACGAUUCUGAUCGGGCAUCCAAUGACUCUGGGAAUUCAUCAGAGGACAGUGAGUGUGAGGACUCUCCUGAGAAGAAGCCUGAAUGCACAGAGACAACUGACCCUGCCACAGCACGAAAGCUAGAGGAGGAAGAGGAAAGGCAAGAGGAAAAAGAACGGAUAGAGGCAACCCAGGCUGUACCAGAGUGUCCUAGCAGUCCCCCGGAGAAACCUGCACCCCAGGAAAGAAGUGAGGUGGAGAAGCCUGAGGAGGAUAUGGCCCUGUCACCCGAGUCUGAUGACAAAUCUCCCAAAUCAAGAGGUAAAAGGGCUCGUCAGAGAGAACCAGAGUCUGAGGAUCCCACACCACUGCCUGCCACUCCCAAUCACACUGAACCUGAGGUACCCUGCACUCUUGUGCGCCAAGCUAAGAAGCCUCAGGAGACUGUGUACAGCAGUCCUGUAGAACGAAUGCCUGAGAAGGCAGAUUCAGACACAGACUCUGCUACUGAAGAUGUUAGCCCUCCAGAGAGUACCUGCAUAGCCAAGCGCAAAGCUACUGAGCAGCGAACACCUGACAAGAAAGUUCGUCUUGAGCGCAAAGAGGAACCUAAGACUUUGUCUCAGCCAAAGACUCUGUCACCAGAGAAGAGAAUAGACACAGAUAAAUGUACAGAGUCUAUGGAGGAAGUAGAAGAUGCACUUGCUACAGUUGCUGCAGUAGCAGCUGCAGCAGCUGCUGCAAUAAUAGUAGAAGCUCCAACUGAAGAGCCAGAGGUCAAAUCAGAAAUGCCCUCUCUCACCAGAGAAGUCCAGGUUCGAAUGGAACCUCUUUCAGGGUUGUGCACAUUAGAGGACCCUUCAGGGGUCACAGAUGAGGAACUGAUGCCCCAAAUAGGCCCAGAGGCACUUGUCUGUCAUGAGGUGGAUCUGGAUGACCCUGAAGAGAAGGACAAACCAUCAGGAGAAGAGUUACUGGUGAGGAGAGAAGAGAAAGCUGCUUCGGUUCUGUCAGCAGCUCAGAAUCAGAGUCUACAGCCCCUACAGCCUUUACAACCUCUGCAGCCUGUCUCCCACCUCCCUCACAGCCUAGCGGGAGCUCCUCAGCUUUGCUCGCCAUCGUCUACCCCCAGCCCAGAUGAGUCCCACAGCAUCAAGAGCGAGAGUGAUGCCACAAUUGAGGUGGACAGUGUGGCCGAGUCGCAGGAGGGGAUUGGAGAGAAUGGAUCCCCACAUGGGUUUGAUGCGAGUGCCAGCUCUAGCAACUCUAGUAUCUCCCUUCAGGAGAGGGACAGCAAGGACAGAGGUCAGAAAAGGUUGCUGGACUGCAACAUGAUCUCGCCUCCAAAGAAGCUGAAACGCAACCAGAAACGGCUGAGUGCAGCCUCCACUGCAGAAAAGAAUGGUGCAGGUCACAGUAGUGACAGUGAAGAUCUGCCAGCCAUGGACACCUCGAAUAAGCUGACUCCAGUAAAACACUCCAGCCUGGCCAAAGCCCAGAAGCAUUCUCGCUCUCCUGGACUUGUGUCUCCCAGCAGUAAAGAGAUGGAGAAAGAUAAGCACAAAGACAAGCAUGGCUUCCACGCUGCACGAGCAUACAAAUGGACCUUCCAGCUGAAUGAGCUGGAUAACAUGUCCAGUGCUGAGAGAAUUGCAUUCCUACAAGAUAAACUGCAAGAAAUCAGGAAAUACUACAUGUCGUUGAAAUCUGAGGUGGCCUCUAUUGACAGGAGGAGGAAAAGAUUAAAAAAGAAGGAGAGAGAAGUGUCCCACACCACAGCCUCCACCUCAUCUGGCUCAUCAGACACAGGCAUGAGUCCCUCCUCAGCCUCCCCUACCCAGAACACUGUGGCUGUCGAGUGCAGGUGAUAGAUACCUUGCCUCUUUUCCCCCUCACCCUGCUCACCUCUGCCUUCUCAGCAUUCUGCUGCCUCCAUGGAGACGUGCAAACUGAUGAGCCAGAGCAAGCAGCCAAUAGCACUCGACUGCCUCGCCUCCUUCUCCAUACUUCAGUCUCCUGAUCCCACCUUGUGGCCACUCCCCCUCCUGCACUUUGUACACUUAUCCUGCCUCUCACACCCUCUCGCUGCCACUUUCAUUAUCAGAAAACAGACUCCAUGUGAGGGUUGAAUGUAAUUUAAAAAAUAUAAAUAUAUAUACAGUCUAACUAACACGCAUCCAUCCACAGACAAUGGCACUUUUCUCUACUUUCUCAAAACAGAAGUCCCGAACAGAAACCACCUCUUACAGCCUGUAUAUUAUGGGCUGGUUUGGAUGCAGUAAUCGGUCGCUCAUAUUCUUCUAAAACAUGGUAAAAUCCCAGAGAAAAUAUCCCUGUAUAGGUAUGGUCACUUAACCAGCUGGACAUGGUUAGCAAAAAAAAAAAAAGGUCAAUUUUGUGCGCUUGCUCCAUCCGAACUGCCAAAGUACAUGUGUUACAGCAGAGUGCCCUAUUUUGGAAAAGUGGGACAAAGUCAAUUGCAAAAGGGAAUGUAGUUUACUGAAAACUGCAGCUGGUGUCUUCCACUCUUUGUAGUGUGUGAGCACAGAUAAUUAUGCAAAUCUAUUUUUGUUGUCUUUUUAAGAUUAAAAAAAAAAAAAAACAUGAAAAAUGUUUACAGUGGAAACAGGACAAAUGUUUUCAGUGGACUAAUUUCCUUUGCGGUUGUAUUUUGUCUUUUUAUAUGUAAUUGCAGAGUUUUUAUUUUAGUAUGAAAGAUUUCAAAAGGUAUAUAUCACAGCCGUGAAAUUAUUUAAGGAAAUAUUUCUAGGUCUGAAAUUUUGUGUACAAUAAAGGUAUUAUCUUGCAACUUGUUAAGUAUAUUUAUUCAGUCAGUGGACAGCAUUUUUGUAUUUUUUACAAGAUGAAAUCAAUCUUCCCACAUUCAUUUGGUCCAUGGGAAAGGUUAAUAAAAGAAUGUUGUGGGUUUAUCUAGCAAGUAUAGACUGUGAAGUCACAAUUGGGUAACUACUGUGCAGUAAAAUUGUAAAUCUCUCCCACACUUGUUCUCUUCCCUCCCAACCUUUUACCAUUCGGGCCCAAUGUUCUCAAUGUAUUUUGAGACCUUUAUGAAACACCAUACCUUGGUGACCUUCCCUGCCUCUGUUCAGAAUUCCUGGUACUUGUAUUGUUAAUUUAAACAUUUUAUUAAUAUGUUUCAACAAUGAGUUCUCAACAAUGAAAUAAAAGUUGCUCAAUGGACAUGUCUGUUUAGCCCAGGGGUUUCUUACUGUGUUUCUUUUGUAUAUAGAUCUUCCAAAACCAUGUAUUUGAAAAAUACAUUUUACACAAACUGUAAAUGAUUUAUAUUAUUUUUAAACAAAACAACUUUGUAUAUUAAAUUCUUUUUUUCUAUGUCAAGGUUGGUAGAAGCAUUACCACAUCUUUCUUUACUGUAUAUAAUCAACCACUGGUCAUUAACAGGAGCCUAAACUUAAGCCCUCUAGGAAUAUUUUAAAACCCACUCGUAUGUUGAACAUUAAUGCUGUAGGCUAUGAUCACUGAAAAUAACAAACUUGCUUCCCUGUAAGGUUUAUUCAUGGAUUCCUGGGCAAAGGAAUGAAGGUAUUAGGUUCCUGAACAAAGCCAUUGUAUCUUUUGUGUAAAAUAAGAGUUCUUCUCAUUUCUAAUAAAGUUUUGAAAUAUU